UGCGAAUAAACAUUUCCAGCUCAGAGUUUGUCGAGCGGCGCAUCCAUGUCAGAUAUUGUAGACAGUGAUGGGGACGAAUACGAUGAACUUUCGGAGCUGCGACAACGCCACAAGCCCGAAUCCCAGCCCUCGGUGGAUGAGGCCUUCGAUCUGGAUGACCUGCUGCCCACCAUCGGCGAGUUUGGUAAAUACCAAAAGCUCUUGGUCUUCGGCAUUUGCCUGCCAGCCUGUAUUCCGUGUGGAUUUUGUGCCUUUAAUCAAUUGUUUAUGGCUGAUACUCCGGAUGACUAUUGGUGUCGCAUCCCGGAGCUGCUCGAUCUGCCGCUGGAGCAGCGAAAAUCGCUGGCCAUUCCCAUGGAAGUGGAAAACGAUGAACUGGUCUACAGCAAAUGCUAUACCUACGGAGUCAAUUGGACGCAACUUCUUGAAUCCGGAGAGGAGGAUGACUUGACCACCAUGGAGGCAAACAGCAGUUGGCCAUUGGUCAAGUGCAGUCAGGGAUGGGAGUACAAUACGAGCAUCGUCUGGUCGUCCAUUGUGAUCGAUUUCGAUUUAGUGUGCGAUCAGGAUAUAUAUCCCACAAUUGGAUUGGCUGCUCUCAACACGGGCGGUCCUGUGGGUGUUUAUCUAUUUGGACUACUCAAUGAUCGUGCUGGACGAAGACUUUCCUAUUUUAUUUGCCUGGCCACUUUGUUGGCGGGCAGCUUGAUGACUUCGCUGAGCAGGGAUUUCUGGACUUGGGCAGGGAGUCGUGUCAUCGUGGGUUUAACCAUUCCGGCUGUCUAUCAGAUACCUUUUAUUAUAUCUUUGGAAUUGGUUGGCGAAAACUAUCGAUCCUUUGUGACAGUGAUGACCUGCACCUUCUACACUUCGGGCAUCAUGCUUCUGUCGGCGGUUACCUAUCUGGAAAGGGAUUGGGUUCGCCUGUCCUACAUCACCUCCCUGCCCUUUUAUGCCUACUUCCUGUACAUGUUCGUUAUGCCGGAGUCACCGCGAUGGCUUUUGAUGCGCGGUCGUUUGGAGGAGGCCCUCAAGAUUCUGGAACGCAUGGCCAUGGUGAAUGGCAGACAGUUUCCGGAGGCUGUGCAUCUCAAAUUGGAGGCUCAAAUUCGGCGGGAUAAACUCAAGAAGCAGAAGAAAAAGGUGGCCAAUGUGGGACUUAUGGAUCUGUGUCGCACUCCCAAUAUGCGUUUGAAAACUAUACUGAUCACAUUGAGCUGGUUUGCCAAUGAGACGGUGUAUCUAGGUCUCAGCUACUAUGGGCCUUCCCUCGGUACCAAUCAGUAUGUGAGCUUCUUCUUGUCGGCCGCUGUGGAGUUGCCAAGCUACUUGUGUUGCUGGUACUUCAUGGACACCUGGGGCAGAAGAUGGCCCCUCAGUUUAUCCAUGAUAUUGGGGGGCGUGGCUUGUGUGAUUACUGUAAUGCUGCCCGAUGAUGCCGUGGAUGAGACCCUAGUGCUAUAUCUGAUAUCCAAGGCCCUGCUAUCCGCCUCCUUCCUUAUCAUUUAUCCCUUUGCCGGCGAGCUGUAUCCCACACAAGUUCGGGGCAUCGGCAUUGGUGCAUCCAGCUAUAUCGGAGGAUUGGGUCUCAUUGUCAUUCCCUUUGUCACCUACUUGGGGAAGGACAAUCUGAAGCUACCCUUGGUCAUCAUGGGCUUUGUUUCAAUGCUGGGCGGGAUGACGGGACUGCGAUUGCCGGAAACAUUGCAUCAUCGACUGCCACAGACCAUCGAGGAGGGCGAGGAGUUCGGCAAGAACUGGCAGUUCAAAGAUUGCUGCAGAUGCGCUCAAAAACCGGAUGUCUUGUCACAACCAGCAUCGUACGAAAACCUGGAUGUCCUGGCCGGAUCCUCCAACAAUGAAUCUGAGAUGGAGCUGGAGCUGAGGGACAGUAGAAGGGUUCGGGAGCCGACGCCGCGGAUUGAUGAGCGUACGCCACUGGAUACGGCGGCCAGUGGAAGUGUUCGACCGGUUCACAGGCCUUCGAUGAAGCGUUUGGUGCGCCAGAUGAGCGUUAUGGAUACCCAAAGGACACACGAUGGCACCAUGCAAUUGACACACUGGAUUUAGGCUUUUGAUAGAACAUCUAUAUAUACCUAAGAGAUCAUAUUGUCAAAUGCAAAGACAGUUAAAAUCCUUUUUGUUUUAGCAUUAGCCACCAGUUAACGUUAAUAAGUUGUUUAUUAAAAUUAUAAAACAUAGAA